AUGAUAGAAACAAGGAAAAGAAAUGGAAUGGAAUCUGAUCAAAUAAGUAAAAGAAUGAAAGGGGAAGAAGAAGAACUACACCACCAACAACAACAACUAUAUCAAAAUGAAUUUACAGAAAAAAUGUAUAUAAGUUAUGUAAAAUCAGCUUUUGGAUCAUUAGAGAAAGGUGAUUCAUUACAAAUUGAUACAUUAACUGAUAGAAUCAAUCAAAAAGAAAUAACAUUAUCUCAUUUUAGUAUAAUAUUAAAAGGUUUAAUAAAUAAUACUUCAAAAUUAGAUAAUAAAUCAUGUAAUAAUCUUAUAUUUGCAAUACUUAAGUUUAAUUGGUUAUCAAAUGAAUCAGAUCUAACAUUUAUUGAUUUAUAUUCUCAUUUUUUAAUUGUUUUGGUAAGUACAUUACCAAAAUUUUUAAAUGAAGUAUUAAAUAAAAUUAUACUGGAUUUUGAAAAUUUUAUAAAUCCCAAAAGUCAUGAAAUAAUACGAAAAAUUUUAAGAUAUAUUCCAACAAGUAUAAAUCAAAUUCCUCAAAUUUUACAAAAUAAUUUCCCUCAUCAUAUUUCUUCAACCACAGAUGAAAUUAUAAAUUAUGUUACAAAUUUAAUAAAUAUUUUAAAUUAUGCUCCAGAAUUACAGUUUAGUAUAUGGCAGUUAGUUAUAGAAUGUUGUAUAAAAUUGGAUGUUGAAUUACAAAAUGAAUUGGAUGAUUUAGAUGAUGAUGAAAUUGAAGGAUUAGUUAAUGGGAAAGAUGAAGAUGAAGAAUUAUUACCAGAAGAAUGGGAUCCAACAACAACAACAAGAAGUAUUAAGAACUUAUCAUCAAAAUUAGAUAAUAUUGUAAAUUUACUAUUAACAAGAACUUCAAUAUCUUUUACUGAAGAACAAUUAAAUAAUGGGAAUGGAGUUAAUUUAUUUAAUACAAUAAAUUCCAUUUUCAAAAGUCAUAUUUUACCAACUCAUUUUACAAAACUGAUUCAAUUUAUAUUAUUUCAUAUAACACAAUAUCAACAAGAAUUAGCAGAUUCUUUUUUAGUUUUAUUAAUUGAUGUAGCAUUUAAUCCAAAUGAAAUUAUUGAAAAAAGAUUAAAAGCAAUGCAAUAUUUAUCAUCAUAUAUUGCAAGAGCAAAAAACUUGUCGAAGCAUCAAAUUAUAUUUAUAGUAAGUUAUUUAAUGGGAUGGCUUAAUAAAUAUAUUUUAGAAAGAGAACAAGAAACUUUAGAAGAUCCAUCAACUUCAACAUUAGGUAUGGAAAGAUUUAAAUUAUUUUAUUCUGCAUUUCAAGCAUUAUUAUAUAUUUUUUGUUUUCGUCAUGAAAUUUUAAAAAAAGAAAAUGAUAAAUGGGAAUGUGAUUUAGAUAAAUUUUUUCAAAGAGUUAUAAUUGUUAAAUUUAAUCCUUUAAAAUAUUGUGAUGAAACUGUUGUUUAUAUUUUUGCAAAAUUAGCAACAAAAUUAAAUGUAUGUUAUUGUUAUUCAAUAAUUGAACAUAAUAAAAGAGAAAGAAUGUUACAAACUAAUGGUUUACCAUCAUCUGUGGGCAAUUUUAAACAAAAACAAGAAUUUUUAGAUUUAGAAGCUUAUUUCCCAUUUGAUCCUAUAGUAUUACCAAAGAGUAAAAAAAUUAUAUCUAAAAAUUAUGUCGAAUGGUCAGAAGUUAAUCCGGAAGAAGAUGAUGAUGAAAGUAUUGGUAGUGGUAGUAGAAUGGAUGAAGAUGAGGAAGAGUUAAGUAGUGAUGAAGAAGAUGAUAGUGAUAGCGAUAGCAGUGAUGACUCAAGUGACGAUGAAUAA